UCAAUAGAAAUAAUGGAGUUCUCAAAGCUCUCUCCCAUGGCUGUUCUCUUUUCCUUUUUCGUGUUUUCUCUUCUCCUAACCCCUUCCUUUGCUGCUAAAAAGCCAUAUGUGGUGUUAUUGGGAUCCCAUUCACAUGGCUUGGAAAUUUCAGAGGUGGAUCUUCAAAGGGUGGCUAAUUCCCAUUACAGAUUGCUUGGAUCCUUAUUGGGAAGUACUAAAAAGGCAAAGGAUGCCAUAUUUUACUCCUACAAGAAGCAUAUAAACGGCUUCGCAGCAGUCCUGGAAGAGGAAGAUGCAGCUGCACUUGCAAAGCACCCAGAAGUUGCAGUAGUUUUAGCAGAUGAAAUGAUGAAAUUACACACAACUCAUUCAUGGGGCUUCAUGCAUUUGGAGAGAAAAAAUAGUUCAAUUCCCUCUUCUGCAUGGGGAAAAGCCAGAUUUGGAGAAGACACCAUUAUUGCCAAUCUCGACUCUGGAGUGUGGCCUGAAUCAAUGAGCUUCAGAGACAGUGGCAUUAGAAAACCUAUCCCUUCCAGAUGGAAAGGAUCCUGCGAGCAGGGAUUCCCCUGCAACAGAAAAUUAAUUGGAGCAAAAUUCUACAACGAGGGUUACAUGGCAUACAUGCGGAAUAUGAACCCAAAUUUUAACGUGUCCACCGUGGCCAACUCCGCCCGGGAUGACGCCGGCCACGGCAGCCACACGCUCUCCACGGCCGGCGGCAACUUCGUGGCGGCCAAGAACGUGUUUGGGUCAUCCGGGUUCGGGAUGGCAAAAGGCGGGUCGCCCAAGGCCCGAUUGGCCGCGUACAAGGUUUGCUGGGGUUCCAAUGUCGGCUGCCCCGGCGCCGACAUUCUGCAGGGUUUGGACGACGCCAUCCACGACGGUGUCGACGUCGUUUCUUACUCAAUUGGCGGCGUUAUUGUGCCUUACUACCAAGAUUUCUUCGCCAUCGCCUCCUUUCAAGCCGUUAAGAACGGUAUCUCCGUCGUCUGCUCCGCCGGGAACGCCGGCCCCGGCCCCGGAACCGCCGUCAACCUCGCCCCUUGGUUGUUCACUGUCGGUGCCAGCACUUUGGACCGCCGGAUUGUGGCUGCUGUUCAGCUUAAUAAUGGCCAACGUUUUCAGGGUUCGAGCCUUUCGAAGGGUUUGCCGGAAGAGAAAUAUUAUCCAUUGAUAAGCGGAGGUCAAGCGGCGGCCGGCGGAGCAUACAUCAACGACGCCAUGCUGUGCAAGGCCGGAGCUUUGGAUCCGGCGAAGGUGAAGGGGAAGAUAUUGGCAUGCAUGCGUGGAGAAACAGCGAGAAUCGAUAAGGGAACUGAAGCCGCCAAGGCCGGCGCCGUCGGGAUGAUCCUCUGCAACGACCAGCGCGACGGUGAAGGGACCUACUCCGACAUGCACGUGCUUCCGGCUACCCACAUUGGCUAUCAAGCUAGUCUCGCCGUCUUUGACUACCUCGAUAACACUCAAAAUCCAAUGGCAUAUCUUGUACCACCAUCUGAGAAGUUCGACUUGAAGCCUGCUCCAACCAUGGCUGACUUCUCGUCCCGAGGACCCAAUGUAAUUACGCCAGAGAUUAUCAAGCCUGAUAUCACUGCUCCUGGAGUUAACAUUAUAGCAGCUUAUACUCAAUCACAUGGCCCCUCCGAAGAUCCCUCCGACGGCCGCAGGGUUCCUUACAUGACCAUGUCCGGAACAUCCAUGUCUUGUCCACACAUCUCCGGCGUCGUUGGCCUUCUCAAAACUCUCCACCCCGAUUGGAGUCCCGCUGCGAUUAAAUCUGCGAUCAUGACCACUGCGAGAGUAAGAGACAACACAAUGAGCCCGAUGAUUGACGGUGGCUCGCCACGUGGCGACCCUGCGACGCCGUUCUCCUACGGCUCGGGCCACGUCCAACCGGUCGCCGCCAUGGAUCCCGGGUUGGUCUACGACCUAACCACCGAGGAUUACUUGAACUUCCUCUGUGCCCUAGGGUACGACUGGAGCAUGAUCAGAGCCUUCUCCGACGACACCCCCUACGACUGCCCGCCUUCCGCCAGUCUUCUCGACUUCAACUACCCGUCCAUCGGAGUUCAAAAUCUUAACGGACAAGUAACGGUCACCAGAAAACUGAAGAACGUCGGAUCUCCGGGAGUCUACAGGGCGAGCGUCCGCCGGCCGGAAGGAGUCGCCGUUACGGUAGAGCCGAGGGUGUUGAGGUUCGAGAAUGUCGGGGAGGAGAAGAGCUUCAGUGUUACGCUCGCCGGAAAGUUGCCGCAAAACGCCGUCGUCGACGGGACUCUGAUUUGGUCCGACGGCAAGCACUUCGUCAGAAGCCCUAUUGUGGUUUCGUCUGGCUCAUUUAUUUAGGGUUUAGGAAUUUUUUUUUAGUGAUUUAAGAGAUAUUAUUAGUAGGUAGGGGCAUUUAAAUUUUUUUUUUCUUUUUUUCAAAUUUAUAGUGCGUUUUAGUUUAGUAAUGAUUUUGGAAAUUGGGUAGUUUUUAAUAUUU